AUAGUUUUCAAGUAUGUUCCUCGUUGUCCCAAGCAUAAAUUAAGAAGAAAUCCAGGCAGGUAGAGCAAAAGAAACCUUUUUCAAUCCCCCUAAUUUGAAGUUUCCAAAGAAGAUUCUUAUCCACUCCCCCGGCAAAAAGAAACCUGUAGAAAAGUCAUCAAAACGCAAUACCUUGUUCGUUGGAGUUAUGCAUUGAUAAGCUAGCACCAAGAGAAAGAAUACUUCCCUUGACAAAUCCAAAGCAUAUCCAUCACCUUCAAAUAAACACAGCAAAAAUGCAUCCUGCAAAAUUGUCUGAGACCUUGAUAUUUCAGGACGGCAAGUUCCUCGAGCAAUGGAGAAUCUGCUGAAACAAGUCAGGGUGAGAUUUUUUGGACAGGAAAACUCAGAAGAGCCUCGAAGUGCCAGAGAAAGAACUCCAUCCUUCGAAGAAGUGGGUUUUGCAGAGAUUAAAAGACCUCGGAACUGGUUCCAGAGACAAUUUUCUGGACAAAUGAAUAAAGAUUAUGAUUCCAGUGGACUAGAGCAUGUAACUGCAGUGGCAGCUGCCGUUUAUGCCAUAGCAUCAUCGAACGCACCAAGCAUCCAAGAACAGGGAAGGAUCAGCAAGGGCCCUGAACCUUCUCUGACCCAGAUCAAAAGCAAAAUCAAAGAAUCGACUGAUUUAAUGUCAGAACCAGGUGAAGGUUCAAUGAGAAGUCCUGAAAGUGCCCCAAGGAUUAAAAGGAUCUUAACAUCUACUGAAAGCCCCGAAAGACAAAAUAGCAAGGUGCCAGAAACAGCUAUCAAAGAAAAAACAACUAGUGAUGAUGCCGCUGCUGCCCCACAAUUUAAAAGGACCCUAACAGUUACUGACAAGCCUGCUCCAUCAAUGAAGGAAACCCCAACCUUCGCUGAUAAGAGCUUGAGCAGCACAGAGGAUAUGAAGCCUGAAAGUGCAGAGCCGGUGCCUACAACGAUGCCAAGAAUUACAGCACCGAAGCCUGAUCAGCCUCCUACAAGCAAACCUGCUACUCCAACAACUAAAAUCGAAAGGAAGGUUUCAACAACACCUGGAAUAGACGGGACAAAUGCGGAUGCUUGGGAGAGAGCUGAAUUGUCUAAAAUUCAAAGGAGGUAUGAGAAAACGAAUGCCAGAAUACUCUCCUGGGAGAACAAGAAAAAGGAAAAGGCCAGAAAUCGACUUAAGAAAACAGAGAAUGACUCGGAGGGAAUACGGUCAAAAGCCCUCAAACAAUUUCGUGCUGAGAUGGCUGAUAUCGAUCGGAUUGCAGGAGAAGCAAAAGCAAAGGCAGCAGAAAGGCAAAGGAAUGAAGAGCUCGGGGCAAAAGGAAAGGCAAAUACAAUCAGAAAAACAGGAAAGCUUCCUAGGACAUGUUUCUGCUUUUGAAUCAACCAAUUAUAAGAGUUCCCUAGCUAGUUCCAGAAAACAUCGCUACAAAAUGUAAAUAUAUACGUGCUUUACACCAUUCUGUAGCUUGAUUUGCACUGAUCACAAGCAAUGUACAGACUAUACUACUGAUAUUGUGGUGAGCAAGAGACGUUGUUCUUUCA